UGUUUUACGUGGCAAUUACCUGACGCUGAACACCUGUGUGUCACAUCUUCCAUCCUCAGCCAGCAGCAGUCAUGUCCAUGAAGGACAGCCAGCUGACAGAACCGGGACCCCCGGACGUCCUGCAACCGGACCAGACCUCUCUGAGACGCUCCUCCCGUUUGCUCCCCUCCUCUCCCGUCUCACCUGCAGUUACGUUCAAACGGAAACGACGACUGAAAGCUGGUCGUGACGGAGAAGCGGUGAAACGGCCCUCUGACGCCAGUCGAAGCAAAAUGUCACCCCGUCUGUCAGGAACAUCAGCCCUCAAGCGGGUGAGAAGAUCCCCGAGUCUUCAAGAGGGUCAGAGCGUCAACGGUUCCUCCUCUGGAGGUGCCCAGGAGACGGAUGGAGCCCAGGACUCCUCCCAGGUGAUCACCGGGGACCAGGAGGAUGGGAAGACGGCUGAAGAGAAGUCCACGCCGCAGGAGGAAGCUGAGGAUGAGUCUGAUGACAGUGAAGUGUCAGACAUGUAUGAGGAAGAGGAGCAGGAUGAUGAAGAAGAGGAAGAAGACCUCAGCAAUGAUGUGAGUCAUUCUGGAGAUUUCCAUUGCAGUGUCUGUAAUCUCCAGCUGACCUCCAAGUUCAAGCUCCAGGACCACAUGAAUCUGCACACAGGAUCACGCCCAUACUGCUGUGCUGAGUGUGGCAAACGCUUCUGUCAGAUCUACAACUACCGUAUGCACCUGCGCACACACGCCAAGACCAAAGCGGAGUGCCACUGGUGUCGCAUCUGCCUGACCGGUUUCAGCUCACAGGAACUUCUCAACAGCCACCUGUCAGCAGCCCACUUGGAGGACGUGUUUUAUGAGUGCGACCUGUGCAAGCGUGUCUUCACCUCUCUGAGUGCGUGUGAAAAGCACGUGGAGCUGCACAAGUGCAUGGUCAACAUCGCGUGUGAAGGGUGCGGCCGCAACUUCUCCUCAGAAAAGUCGCUGGCGCGUCACAUGAAGAAGAGAUGCCUUCGCAACUUGAAAUGCACGGACUGCUCGGAGACCUUCACCAAGAGGAACGCGCUCCUGAAGCACAGCUUCUCCCACCUGGGCCUAUUGCCGUAUACCUGCCUUCGCUGUCGCUCCCACUUCCGCCUGGCAAAUCUGUACCGCCAGCACAAGUGUGAACCCCAGCGCAUCCACUGCGUGGCGUGUCUGAGGAAGUUUCUUAACCAGGAGGACUUCCAGCAGCACAAAAAGGACACCGGCUGCUGGGGACAACAAGAGCCCAACCAGAAAACAGAUGAGAUCCGGUGUUUGGAGUGCGGGCAAAGAUUCGACACUUCGGAGGAGCUGAAGAAGCACGCCGGGGCUCACCAGAGGGUGCUGAAGUGUGCUGAGUGUGGGAAAGGGUUCCGCUCAGCCUUACUGCUGAUGUCUCACAUGGGCGGCCAUGCCGGCCAGUCGCCGUGUCUCUGUCAGGCGUGUGGGCUGGGCUUUCCCCAUCAGCAGAACUACGACGGCCAUCUGAAGACAUGCGGAAAAACGUCACAGGCUUCAGUGAGUAGCACCACUAAGAAGCGUCCAAAAUCUCACCGUGAGAAAAAGAAGAUAAUUUCUAAAUCAGCCGGCGCUCUUGAUGCUACGUCAAAGAAUACCCCAGACUCCCACACUCCUAAUUCCUCCGACGGGCUUUGGAGGCUAACUCUGGAUAAGGAGCCGCCUCCCGGUACAAACCUCGUCUUGUUUCUCCCCGUCUGUCCGUCUCAAACGGGCGAGCUGCCCGUCUCAUCUUCUGUCCCUCAGGCGCUGUCCGUUGAAUCCGUGCAGACUCUGCCUCAAGCAUCUCUCUCGCCGAUGUCUAAAGUUGAGUUUUUCCACGUGAACGCGUCUGUUAAAGACUCCCCGUUCGAGCAACUAACGGAUAUCAAGGAAGAUGCUGCAGCCCCCCUGGAUUUGUCCACAAAGCGCCAACCAUCUGACCCGGCGCCCUGCAGCCUUCCAGUUAAAAGCGAGCCAGAGGAAUGUGACGUCUCAGGGCAUUCUAAUGGCUCUGAAAUUCCAGAAUCAAAAGAACUUGACAGCUGUCACGUUAAAACAGAGCAAGGAAAGGUGGACUCGUGUUCUGAAGCAAAGCGGCUUAAUAGGUACCCCAUCGUUUUGUCACUUCUUAAUGCCAAAACGGCUUUCCCUGGACCUGUAGACGAUGUUAAGAGAGAAGAGCAGUCUGCUGACCUCCAUUAUGGUGCAACAUCAACCACCUCCAGCCAGCUGGCAGACGUGGAGUUGAAGGAAGAAAUCAAGAUGGAGCCAGACCCAUAAAGACAUGAGAGGGACUAAAACUCUGCCAAGAGGCCUACUUUAGUUUGCAAUAAGCACACAAACCAAAAAAUGGCACUGAUGUUACACAUGACGAAGAUGAAGCACACUCUCAGACAUUCAGGUCAGCUCCAUUCAAUAAUGCACUACUUUUAUUGACUUGUAUAUGAGAUUGUGUCUAGUUGUUAUAUUAACAAAACUCCCUUCUUACAGUUUCCAUUUAAAGCUGAAUUUUCUUAGACACUAGCAUGGAUAGACUGUUAAUUUAUUGUGACGGAACAUAUUAAGGAUUGUACUUCACUUGAAAUAUUAAACAUUCCAUUGUUGUUUUGUCUGUAUUCUGAACUUUGUGAACUGAAAAGACAAUGCAGUGUGUGCAUUAUCUCUGCAAUAACUAAUACUCCUUCCAUUGUUUCCCUGUUCGGAGAAUGUGAUCUUUUUGUGAUAUGUUUGAGUUUAUUUUUGUUUUCUACAAACCUUUAAAAUAUCUGUUUUCACUCUUGGUCACUUGAGUUUACACUUUUCUGUAGUUAUUUCUGUUUUUUUGGAGGCCAAUAAAUAUUUGUUUUGAUAAAAUGUG